AUGAGUGUGUUAAUGGGCACAAAUGGGAAGCCGGGAUUGACGGAUGAGAAAGCUGACAAAAUGUACCUUGAGAAAACGCUAAUAAAGCUUACACAUUCCCAACAAAUAAAUCGAACAAUCCGUGAAGGAUUAGUAGAUUUUUUACAAGAUGAAAUACGUGAUGGAAUUCAUGGCGAUUUUCUAGUGAUUAAUUUAAGAAAAUUACGAAAUUUGGGUGGCAGUAUUGCAGUAAACGAUUCAAAAGCAGAUGAAACUGUUACUGAUUGGAAUUUUUAUUAUAUGUUAAAACAUGGAUUAGCGUAUCUUCGAGAUUUACAGGAUAUGAUUCCAUCAUCAUUGGAGGAAACUUUAAGUAGAUUCCCAACAAGUAUUCAAGUGAAUGCUAGUGAAUAUGUUAAGUUAACUUUAUUUACGAAAAGCGAUCCAGACACGCCGUAUCGGAUUGAAGUGGAUACUGUUUUUGAUGCUCCAUUUAACGUGAAUCAUCCAUCGAAAAUUAUCAUCCACGGGUGGUUGGGUGAUGGACAUUUAGGAUGGCUUCAUAAAAUGAAGGAUAAACAUUUUAUUAACGGGAAAUAUAACGUUAUCAUAAUCGAUUGGGAUCAUUUCGCUGGUGCAGAAUAUCCACUCUCAGCGAAUAAUACACAAAAAGUUGCAGUCUACGUUUUUGAAAUUCUCGAAUUAUUAAUUCAAGCGGAAAAAGUUCGUAUUGAUAAUAUUCAUUUUAUUGGACAUUCGCUGGGUGCACAUAUUGCGGGAAUGGUUGGGACUUUCAUAGGGAAGAAAUUUGGACAGAAAAUUCCACGUAUUACGGGAUUAGAUCCAGCGAUGCCUAAUUUUGAAAGUGCUUUGAUACCGUUUACAAGUUUUAUUGGAUUAGAUGAUCAUCGACUGGAUAAAAGUGAUGCAGAAUUUGUGGAUGUGAUACAUACGUGUUCUGGAAUUUUGGGAUAUUCAAAAUCAUUUGGUCAUGCGGAUUUUUUCCCAAAUAAUGGAACGGAUCAACCCGGUUGUACGAAAGGAUUGUUUGGAAUUUUAUGUCAUCAUGUUCGAGCUUACGAAUUAUACACGGAAUCGAUCAACUCACGAAAAUUUAAAUCAAAACAAUGCGAAUCAUGGAAGGAUUUUUUGAAAAAACGUUGCAAGCAAUCGUUUUCAGUUUCAAUGGGGCAUUAUGUUGAUAAAAAUACAGCACGUGGCACGUAUUAUUUGGAAACACGGGAUUCGCCGCCAUAUGCAAUGGGCUAAAAAAGUUCUUAAAACCAAGUUCUUUUAUUUUAAGUGUAUUUAUAUUUUUUAUUAUUUUAAGAUAAUGACGUGAUGUAGCUAUAUA